AUGGAGAUACCUGUUCAGCAUGUGUUCACUAUGCUCCACAGUAUAAAAAGCCAGUUGAAAACUUGGACUCCAGUGGUUGCAUUAGCAGCAGUAAACUGUCACGAUCAUCGUAUGUUAUGCUUGGACCACAAUAUUCAAUAUUUUCCAACGUUAAAGUAUUUCAAAUACUCCUCUAAAGACAAAAAUGAUGGUAAAAUAUUUGGUGGGACAACUGCAGAAAAAUUCCCACUUCGUUUGGCAUCCUUAGUUUACGAAGACUGGCUAGAACAGAAGCCAAAAAAUUGGCCUAAUUUUAAUGCUACUGCAAGCGACUUAUCGUUGGACGAUAUUUGGAAGAACUUCAACGAUUCUGUUUUACUUGUAGCAUUAAUUGUCGAACCGGAUCCUCAAAGGAUAACCUGGGCGGAAAUGAUAAACUUUGCUUCUAAUGAACGAGUACAGAUACUCCAAGCUUCAGUAGAUAAUGCUGCUAUUAAAGAUUUAAAUUCUUCAAAAUCAGAUCAGUCAAAGCAACUUUAUAUGUUUGAAAGAGGUUCUCCGAAUCCUGUAGUUGAAUCCAGAGAACGAAUAACCUUUCAGAAAGUUCGUGAGCAGAUUAUUGAUGAGCUAAGGCGGUUGCGACCACAGGAAUUCAUAGAGGAAGACGCGUCAUCGACAUCAGAAACCGCCACAGUUAAAGUGACAUGGACUCAAUUUGAAGUACACAUUGUGGAUCUACUGUCAACACUUUAUAAUAUGCUAAAAACAGAAAUUCCGAACGAUCUUGUUUUUAAACGGAGUAAGCUAAAAGGCUUGAAAAUAUGGAUGAAAUUUUUGGCAAAGUACAUGCCAUCUAUUCAUAGCAGUGCUGGAAAACUCUGUAAGUCUUUGUACGGGUGGUUGACUACACAGCAUAAAGAGGUACAACGAACCGUAUGGUUGGAUAGAGUCAACAAAUAUAUGCGAGAAACUGGCCAUCCGAUAAAAUUUGCGUCAGAGUGGAUGGCUUGUCGUGGUUCAAAACCAUUUCUGCGUGACUAUAACUGCGGUCUAUGGACAUUGUUUCACGUGCUUACAGUAGCAGCACACACGAGGAGAAAUCAAUCUGACAUCAAUGCUGUUGAAGAAGUGUUGAAGCCAAUUCAUCAAUUCAUUAUGAAUUUUUUGAAUUGUGAACAUUGCAAAAAUCAUUUUGAUGCUCAUUACUUAAAAACUGUGGGUGCUAACCAAACAUACUAUUCAGAAACAGUGGUAGAUAUUAUCGCCAGUUUUUAUCUACUUAUAUCUGUAGAAAAGGCUAUAAUGUGGCUCUGGGAUACGCAUAACAUCGUCAACAAAGUGCUUGCUCAACUUGGAAAGCAAGAUCCUGCUUUUCCAAAACAGCAGUUUCCUCCACGUUCUCUCUGCUCAUCCUGUUGGAAUGAUGAUCAUUUUGACAAACCUGAAGUGCUCAAUUUUUUGGUCAAUUACUAUGGCAAGCAAAACAUCACUUACACAUUCGAGACGAAGAAAUCUGGACUACUGGACUUAUUGGAUUUAUCGGACUCUUCGAGAGCUUCUACGACUGCAAAUCGUUUAGGGUGGACGCCGAUCAAACUUGAAGAAUUUUCCAAAUUCAGCGAUAACUUUCGUACAAAAGUUUUCAAUCCACUCGCUGUCGCUCCUCUUGGGACAUCUUCUUCUAUGGCAGAAGAGUCUGCAUCAGCUCGACACUACUUUCAUUCAUCGAACUCUCUAAGACAUCUGGCAAAUCAGAGCUUUAGAGCAUUCAAGUAA